AAGUUCUGAGCGGAAGCGGAUUAGUUUACUGAGAACCCCUGAAGUUGCAGCUCGUCUCACCUCUGUGUGACUCUCCGGUGUUGUCGGUGAAACGUCGCCACAUUUCCUCGCCAGGAGCCGGCGUGGUGAACAGAAACCGGUCAGAAAGGGGGGGGGCCAAGUCAUGUUCAGACUCCUCAGUCGCCAAGGUAAGAGGACGCCGAGCUGCCUCGCGGGCCAGCGGCGCUAUGAGCACCACAGGGCCGUCAUGGCCAUCCGCCGCGAGGACGUCAACCCCUGGGAGAGGAGGGCGCCGCUGGCCCCGCGCCACGUCAAAGAGCUCACCCACGCCGGCGUCAAAGUCCUCGUCCAGCCAUCCAACCGCAGAGCGAUACACGAGAAGUACUACAUGAAGGCCGGGGCUGUCAUUCAGGAGGACAUCUCGGAGGCGUCGCUGAUAAUCGGAGUGAAGAGGCCGCCGGAGGAGAAGGUCAUCAGCAGGAAGACGUACGCCUUCUUCUCCCACACUAUCAAGGCUCAGGAGGCCAACAUGGGGCUUCUGGACGACCUGCUGAAGAAGGAGGUUCGUCUGAUCGACUAUGAGAAGAUGGUCGAUGCUAACGGCUAUAGGAUCGUAGCGUUCGGUCAGUGGGCCGGCGUCGCAGGAAUGAUAAACAUUUUACAUGGAUUGGGGCUUCGUUUCCUGGCUCUCGGUCAUCACACUCCCUUUAUGCACAUCGGCAUGGCUCACAACUACAGGAACGUCAGCCAGGCCAUCCAGGCAGUGAGGGAUUGUGGGUAUGAGAUUUCCAUGGGGCUCAUGCCCAAAUCCAUCGGACCCGUCACGUUCUGUUUCACCGGAACCGGCAACGUCUCCAAGGGAGCCCAGGACAUCAUCAACGAGCUUCCUGUUGAAUAUGUUGAACCUCAUGAGUUGAAGGACGUCUCUGAAACGGGAGAUAUGACCAAAGUUUACGCCACCGUCCUGAGCCGACACCACCACCUGAUGAGGAAGAGCGACGGUAUCUACGACCCCAUGGAGUACGAGAACCACCCAGAGCUGUACACCUCACACUUCAGGACCAGCGUGGCGCCCUACACAACCUGUCUGAUCAACGGUAUUUACUGGGACCCCCACACCCCUCGACUCCUCAGGCGACUGGACGCCCAGAAGCUGAUGAAACCGUCCAAAACCUUGCCUGCAGCCGAGGGACUGCCACACCUGCCGCACAAGCUGCUGGCCAUCUGCGACAUAUCAGCAGACACCGGAGGCUCUAUAGAGUUCAUGAAUGAGUGCACCACCAUUGAUAAGCCUUUCUGUAUGUACGACGCUGACCAGCACAUCGACCACGACAGCGUGGAGGGAAACGGGAUCCUCAUGUGCUCCAUUGACAAUCUUCCUGCUCAGCUCCCCAUCGAAGCCACGGAGUACUUUGGUGACCGGCUCUUCCCCUACAUCUGGGAGAUGCUGCCUUCAGACGCCACAAGACCUCUGGAGGAAGAGGACUUCAGCCCACAAGUCAGAGACGCCGUCAUCACCUCAAACGGAGUUCUCACCCCAAAGUUUGAGUACAUUGAAAAACUUCGAGAGAGAAGGGAGAAGGCUCAGAUCAUGAAGAAGACCGGGAUGAAGCGAGUUCUGCUGCUCGGUUCAGGAUACGUCUCCGGACCCGUUGUUGAGUAUCUGACUCGCAAUGAGAACACCCAGGUCACUGUGGCGUCGAUGCUGCUGAAGCAGGCGGAGGAGCUGGCAGCCACCUAUCCCAACACCAUCCCCAUCAUGUUGGACGCCGGCAGCCAGGAAGGACACCUCGACUCUCUGAUCAAAGACCAUGACCUGGUCAUCAGCAUGCUGCCGUACUCCUUUCACCCGCUCAUCGCCAAACACUGCAUCAACAGGAAGGUGAACAUGGUGACGGCCAGUUACCUGAGUCCUGCUAUGAAGGAGCUGCAGAGCAGUGCGGAGGAGGCGGGCAUCACCAUAGUGAAUGAGAUGGGCCUGGAUCCGGGGAUCGACCACAUGUUGGCAAUGGAGUGUAUCGACCAGGCCAAAGCCGACGGCUGCAGCGUGGAGUCCUACAGCUCGUUCUGCGGCGGUCUUCCUGCUCCUGAAUGUUCAGACAAUCCUCUUCGCUACAAGUUCAGCUGGAGUCCGUAUGGCGUCCUCCUCAACACCAUCAGCCCCGCCAUCUUCCUCAAAGACAACCAGGUGGUGAGCGUCCCGGCCGGCGGGUCUCUGAUGGACUCCACCACACCAAUGGAUUUCCUCCCCGGUUUCAACCUGGAGGGAUUUCCGAACCGUGACAGCACAAAGUACGCCGAGCCGUACGGCAUCCAGUCGGCACACACGCUGGUCAGAGGAACACUGCGCUUCAAGGGUUUCUCCAAGGCCAUGAGUGGUUUUGUCAGACUGGGUCUGAUUAACAGCGAGCCCUGUCCUAUCCUGCAGCCCACUUCAUCCCCUGUUUCCUGGAAAGAGCUCCUCUGUAAACAGAUGGGACUGUCCUCUUCUAUGUCCCAUGAUGCCUUUGAAGAAGCUGUAUACGAACGCAUCGGAAAGGACGACUUCAGGAUGGCCAGUCUGCGAUGGUUCGGGAUGCUGAGCGACGAGCCGGUGCCUCAGGCCGACAGUGUUCUGGCUGCUCUGGCCAAACAUCUAGAGGCCAAACUCUCAUUCGAUAAGGACGAGCGAGACAUGAUCAUCAUGAGGAAUGACGUCGGGAUUCGCCACCCGACGGGGGAGCUGGAAACCAAACACAUCAGCCUGGUGGUGUACGGCGACCCUAACGGUUUCUCUGCCAUGGCCAAGACUGUAGGAUACCCAGCAGCCAUUGCUGCGCGUAUGGUCCUUGAUGGUGAAAUCACUACGAAGGGUCUGGUGGUUCCGAUGACAAAGGAGAUCUACGGGCCGGCGCUUGAAAGACUGAAGGAGGAAGGACUGCACUUCAUGUUCAAAAGCACCCUGGAGGAAUAGAGCUAAGCCCGCAAAGACAGUCAAUAACAUCACUGUAAAUCAUAUCUAACAACUCCAGAGAUAAUGUAUAAAAUCUACACACUAUCAGCUGCCUUUUCACCAACUUCACUGUUGUUUAAUUCAUUUUGUUUUCCUCAAGUAAAUAUGUGAAAAGUAAAGUGAAAAAAUGUGAGAAGGAGGAAAAACCAAAAAAUGGUUUAAUCCCCAGAAGUUAAUUUUAUUGUGUUGAAAUGAAACUUUAUUUGAUGAAGCUCUAUAACCGCAUUUUUUAGUUAGGUCAAAAAGCAGAAAAGGCAGCUGGUGAUGAUAUUCAGUAAUCUUUAAUAGCAUCCUGAAUUUGGCUGAAUUUGCACAUCUGUGCCAAGCUGAAAUCAUAUUUUCACUGGCGUAGACUGUUUCAGAGAGAAGUUCUUCUGUGAAGAUGGGUGAAAGGUCGACUGAUCAAACACUCUUUUAGGCGUUAAAAAUGUAAAGCUUUAAAAGCACAAGCAUUAAUCAGAUAAAACUACUGUAAAAACCAAGUCUGACUGGGAUUUGAGAUGACACUUCCUGGAAACUUAACGGUUAAUUCUGAUAUCCAACAUCAAAACCAUGUCAGAACUGAUCAGAAGUGUCGUCAUCUGCAAAAAACAAAACGAAAAGUAAAGCUUUUUCAGUUCAGUGGACAAUCAGAGCGAUACUAUAGAUGUGUCAGACAUGCCUCACCAACCUUUACGCAAUCAUAAAAGUUUCAGUUGCUCAGAAAUCAACAAAGCUAUUAAACCUUCCCAUGUUUUAACUGACCUUUAUCCCCUAGAAACCAUACCGAUCAGCUGAUUUCUGUAGUCAAAGUGCACAGACCUUCAGACAAUGAUAAUCUUGAUUAAGAAAGACAUCGCCUUUUAGACCUACAUCAUUAUUUCUACAAAAAUGUUUAAUUUAUAUCAACAGCUCUCACCCACACAAUAUAGUACCGCAUAAUGUAUUUGAUUGUGUUGUUAACUGCUGAGAGCAGCUGCUAGUGGUUAUUUUUACUUGGUUUGUACAACUUAAACAAUAUUUACAGAAUUUAACAAUAUUCAGUUUGCAAUGACUUUAACAAGAGGAGCUCAAAGUUCUGAAAUUCAAAGUAUGAAAUCAGUAUCAAAUGACCAACACUGAAUUGUCUUGUUAUUUUGAGAUUUUGUUAAGCCUGUUAAGCUAAUGUUAUUUUAUGUUAUCAGACUGUGAUGCCAACGUUAGCUUGUCUUGUCUGUUAAGCUAACGAUAGUUUGUUCUGUAAGUCAAUGAAGCUAAUGUUAGUUCAACAGAAAAAGUGGACAAAAGCUAACAGUAUCAUUAGGGAUAUCACAACUUGCUAAUACUAGUAUUACCCACAAAUUUUAAUUGCGUUGGGUGACCUACCUGCAGUUUGUCAGCAUUACCAACUAAUGUAUAUUGCAGUUAUCAUUACAGCACUUUUGAAUGCCCAUGGUUACAUUUGAAUAUUACACAGUAAAGCCAAGUUUACCACUAAUGGAAUAUCUUACCGUAUAUACAGCUAGCCAGUUUACAUAGAAGUCAAUACAACAUCUCAACAAGUAACAUAAGUUUAUCUGAUUAUUUUCAUGUAAAAGCAAGAAACAGUAAAUUUCCAAUUACAUUUAAUAUGAGUGAAUCUCGUUUGAUACCCUGCCCAAAAACCUCUGGUUAAAUUUAACUUUCAAUGGCAAUACUGUUUUAAAAAAAAAUAAUUUAUCAACUGAUGACUGAGAGUGAAUUCUGCAUUAGUGGAAGACUUGUAGUUUCCCAGACUUAUGAGUAUUUAUUGUCUGUCACCUCAGCAAUAUUUAUUUUAUUUUUUGGAGGGUGUGGUCACCUUGUAAACUGUCUGUUACAUGCUUUUAACAGAGGUUAAAAAAAAAAAAAAGACAGGUAGUAAUGUACCUGAGAUACAUUUUUUAAAAUAAUAUAUCAUUAUAUAUUCCUGAUACCUAGUUUAUUAGUGAACCUCCAGAGGAUUUUAAACACCAGUGUGUUGUUUGAUAUUUUGUUAGAUGUGUGGGUUUGGAUCUGAAUAACACUUGUAUUCCCAUCAAAUUUAAAAAGAAUUUCAAUCACGUUUUUACAAAUUCAGGUUAAAGUAUAAAUCGAAUCAACAUUUUCCUCAUAGUCAUAGAAUUUUGAUAUCAGAAAAUGUCUGAGUAACGGUUUGAUUAACUACUAAACCUCCAGCAUGAACAGUUUUUUUUUUGUUUCUUUGUUUUUUGUCUGUAAUGUUUGAUUUGACAUCUACACAAUUCAUAAUUACAGAACACACAUUCAUUUUUAAUAUAAAAAAAUGUGAAAAUGGUUACAUAAAUAAAAAUCAUUCUGUUAA